UGUAAAUAAAAAUAAAAAUUUAAACAAUUCAGGAAAAUUAUUGAAAUGAAAAGUAUACUAUACACUGAAAUUAUCUUGACAAUUUUAGGCACUGUUAUUACAAUUUAUGAAUGUCAACACCUGAUAGAGAAAUCAACUUCUGAAAAGGAAAAUCUUAAGACAAUCGAAUCAAUUCAACCGAAAACCUUUCCUCUUCAAAACGAUUGCGAUUUUGAUUGCUCAGAUGAUGAUCAAACUAUAUGUGUGAAAGGUACGGACAACAAUUAUUGGGCAACGUUUAAAAAUCGCUGCUUAUAUGAAAAAGGAAGAUGUUCAAAUUCUGAGCUUCAGAAAAGUCAAAUCAUGCAUUUGGGUCCAUGUAAACAUCCAAGCACGGGUAAAAAGGAAUGUCCACUGAGUUGUGGCAUAGAAAUGGCACCAGUUUGUGUGUUUGAUAAGCAAAGAAAACUACAAAAAGUUUAUCCAAAUAUCUGUUAUGUUAAAAAAACUAUAUGUGAGAAUAAUGCAGAGUUAAAUAUUUUAAAUGAUGGAUAUUGUAAUACAGGAUAUAAAUUUUUAAGAAGAAAUUAUUGAUAUUUUUUAUUGACUUGCUUAAGGUAUUAAUAUAAUGGAUAUAGUCAAA